AUGGCCGUCCGUCCAGUCCUUGUCUGUCUGGCCUUCAGCCUCCUGCUUGGCCUCACGUCUCUGGGCCAGAACUCUGGGGGCACGUGGGCCAACGCUCAGGACACAAACCAGACGGCAGCGCCCUCUAUCUCCCCGGAGGUGACGCUGGCCACACCUGGCGCCGCCGCCGCCGACGUGGAGGACCAGACCAUCCCCUCGCUAGGCAGCCGUUGCCGAGGUUACUACGACGUGAUGGGCCAGUGGGACCCGCCGUUCAACUGCAACGCCGGCAUCUACAUGUUCUGCUGCGGCUCCUGCUUCUACCGCUUCUGUUGCCAGUUCAAAGUGCACAGCCUGGAUCAGAUGGCGUGCAACAACUACGAUACGCCCGUCUGGGCCAACACCGGCAAGCCCGUGGCGCCCGUCACCGAGGUUCAGGAGGAGCCGGACCGGGACCGCACCCACAUGAUCGUGUACAUCAUUUGUGGGGUGGUGGCCAUCAUGGUGCUGGUGGGCAUCUUCACCAAGCUGGGCCUAGAGAAGAGCCAAGGGCGCCAGACCGACAUGACCAACUCCAGGACCCUAACGGAGCUGUUGAAGCAACCGGGCGAGGCAGGGGGUGUGGACGGGACUGGGGGUCACCACCCCAUCGGGAGCAAUGGCAUCUCAGGACGCUGCCUGCGCAGCAACAAUGACCACAACCACCUGAACAAUGCUGCGCUGUCACCUCUGGGCCCAGCGAUGGCACUGUCCCACCCUCACAACAACCUGGGGCUGGGCUUUAACAAGUACACUUCCCUCAAGGCAGUGGACACAGCAGCCAGAGAUUACUAUAAAAGCUACCCGAUGGUGGACUACACCCACCGCCAGUCACCGCCCACCUUCCAGCCAAUCGCUUUCCACCCCAAGGACAAGCCCUUCCUCCCUCCCCCGGACAUCCACGCCCCAUUGGCCAUCACCAUCAACGCCGGCCAGAUCCCCAAGCCUAAGAUCUCCAAGACCAACACCCACCCGCUCACCUCCAGUUCGGCCUUCAAAGCCUGGGACCCCAGUAAGAGCCACAUCCAGCAUCCGACUGCCCACAUCCUGCCUUCCCAGCAGCAGCAGCAGCACCACCAGCACCACCAGCAGCACCAGCAGCAUCAACAGCACCAACAGCACCAACAGCAUCAACAGCACCAACAGCAUCAACAGCACCAACAGCACCAACAGCUGCACCAACAGAACAGCCGGCGCCAAGCAUACUCCAACAAGCGGCAGUUCAGCAUCGAGACGCUGCCUGAGCUCUUCUCCCAGCCGCUCGGCUACGGCCACUCCCCCCACAUGCACCCCAAACACAAGGGGCUGCCCACCAACAGCAAGACGGAGGUGACAGUCUGAGCCGUUGCGGAGAGAGACGACGAGGAGAGCGAGGGAGAGAAGGCUGCCUCGGGCUGCCAUCUUUGAUACCAAUCAUCCAUGUCGAUGGCUAAGGGGACAUGGACAACUUCAGCGAUCUCCCGCUGGUUUUUAGGCCCCGGUUUUCUUUGUGUGUUUCGUCGUUGAUCGUGUCGUCUGUGUGUGUCGUCCACUGGGCUGGUUCUGAGUGCUGAUUAGCAGGCCGAUGACUCAUUCUCUCUCUCGCGACCGGGCUCCACUCAGCAAGCCCUCGUUGAUUCCAGAAUUCGACCGAUUUUAUUGGUCUUCUUCUUUUCAACCCCAUCCCCUCCUCACUCGCCUGCUCGCCCCGCUACUGGUCACACACACACACACAACCUCUCUGCUUGUGUGUUUGCCGGCUGUCAGAGAGGUUUGUAUGGUAGACUCACCCCCAGGAGACGUCAUGUCAGAUGGGACAAAGCCAUUGUGUUGUCAGCUCCUAUCACCCUCCAUCCUGGACAGUGAGAUAUCAUUCUGGCAAAUCUAUACUAAAGAGAGAGAGAGAGUGAGAGGAAGUGGACGCCAAACGGAUGGAGAUUUGUUUACUCAUCCUGGAGCUAUGAAAGUACGAAGAGCUCGAUCAAACAUGGAGGCUUCGGAGCAACACAAGCACCUCUGUCGUUCAUCACCUCCUGGAGGGCCCCUGGUCCAGGGCCGCAGAACCCAGGGGAACCUUCUUCCCGUGUGCCCACGGAAUGCAAAACUUCACCGGCACCCCGUCCUUUGUGACAGGCUGUUGUGUUUAUCUGAGGCAGCCACACAUGCAUGGGAAAGGUCACACUGCCCAGGUAGCCACAAAGUCACUGUUAUGCUGUCACUUCCUGUCAUCUGUGGAGCAGUCUAGGUGCUGGUCGCUAAGGAUAACGGGU